CCCGGCGCGUAGGUUCCAAGCCAAGCCAGCGCCCCGACACUCCGAGAUCCCGGGGUCUGUGCGCCUCGCCUGGCCCUCCCGAUGUCGCCGCCCGGCUGCUGACCCCUGCACCCCCUGCCGCAUCGGUGUGGGGCUGUGGAUGGUCCCGUGGAGGGAGAAAGCCUCCUGCGCCCGGUGGGAGAGAAUGGAGGUGAAUUGUUUAACACUAAAAGACCUGAUCAACCCCAGGCAGGCCAGACUAGGUUUUGCCAUUGAAGAUGGGGAAAAUGCACAGAAGGAGAAUAUAUUUGUCGAUCGAUCAAGGAUGACCCCAAAGACUCCAAUAAAAAAUGAACCAAUUGAUCUAUCAAAGCAAAAACUCUUCACUCCAGAAAGAAAUCCCAUUACUCCAGUUAAGCUUGUGGACAGACAACAAUCAGAGCCGUGGACACCCACCGCCAACCUAAAGAUGCUCAUUAGUGCCGCCAGCCCAGACAUAAGGGACCGGGAGAAGAAGAAGGGGCUGUUCAGGCCCAUUGAGAACAAGGACGAUGCAUUUGCAGACGCUCUACAGAUCGAUGUUGUUGUGGACAGUGCUAUGGACGACUAUGAAAAGCAAAGGCCAAGCAGAAAACAGAAAAGUUUAGGACUGCUGUGCCAGAAGUUUCUAGCUCGCUAUCCAAGUUAUCCCUUGUCAACUGAGAGAACUACCAUCUCCCUAGAUGAAGUUGCUGUCAGUCUUGGUGUAGAAAGGAGACGCAUCUAUGACAUUGUAAAUGUGCUGGAGUCCCUGCAUCUGGUCAGCCGAGUGGCCAAGAAUCAGUAUGGCUGGCAUGGUCGGCACAGCCUGCCCAAAACCCUGAGGGCCCUCCAGAGAUUAGGAGAGAAGCAGAAGUAUGAAGAGCAAAUGGCUUGCCUCCAACAGAAGGAGCUGGACUUGAUAGGUUAUAAAUUUGGAGAACGUAGGAGAGAUGGCUAUCCAGAUUCCCAUGACCAACAGUUACUGGAGUUCGCGGAAUCCGACUACCCUUCUUCAUCUGCAAAUAGUAGAAAAGAUAAAUCUCUGAGAAUUAUGAGCCAGAAGUUUGUCAUGCUCUUCCUUGUCUCUAAAACCAAGAUUGUUACCCUGGAUGUAGCUGCCAAGAUCCUGAUCGAGGAGAGCCAAGAUACCCCAGACCAUAGCAAAUUCAAAACAAAGGUACGACGGCUCUAUGACAUAGCUAAUGUCCUGACCAGCUUGGCUCUGAUAAAGAAAGUGCAUGUCACAGAAGAACGAGGCCGUAAACCUGCCUUCAAAUGGAUCGGGCCUGUGGACUUCAACUCUAAUGAAGAAGAACUGGUGGACCUUCCUGCAUCUGUCUUACCAGAAUUGAAACCAGAAACAUACGGCCAGAUUCGAGCCUGUGCCAAACAGAGGCUGGCUCGUUAUGGAUCCUUUAACACAGUCCCGACUGCUGAGAAGAUACAGAGGAAAGUGAGCUCGGAACCCAAUAGCCCAUGCAGAAAACAAGGAUCAGGUGGCUAUUCCUUAGAAAUUGGAAGUCUAGCAGCCAUGUACAGACAGAAAAUAGAAAAAAGUUCACAGGGGAAAGUUUCUGCCAAUAAGAGAGUGGUGCCUCCAGCAAGUAGCAUGGACCCUGCCCUCCCUGUUCAUUCCUUAGCCCACCAAGUGUUUUCUGCUGCUCAAACAGAUGUGCAGGCACUCUCUAUGCAAAACAGUCUAAGUGGACAGUCGUGUGUCCCCCUCCCUUCUGCAACCUCUGACCCAGAGAGCUUGAAGGCAGCUCUGCUUGCGGGCCAGCCCCUAAUGUAUGUGCCCUCCACCUCGCUGCUCAUGCUUUGUGGGAACCUGCAGGAGGGCCCAUCCCCAGGGUCAGGGUCAGAGAAAGAUGACAAAAACCUGCAAGUUCCAGCUGCAUCAGACCUGUCACUGCAACCCUCAGGUCAGAAGCGCCUGUGUGAAGAGAGGAAGCCUCUCGAAGAGGAUGAGCCCGCUACUAAACGACAGAGUCAGGAAUUUGAAGAUAGCCCCUUAUCCCUCGUCAUGCCCAAGAAACCCUCAGACUUCACAGACCUUGCCUUUCCCAUGACCAUGGGAAGCAGGGGAUCUGUACCUCUGGAAGGCAUUCCUGUGAAGGAAGAACCCCCUGGAGAAGAGGCUCCAGGCAAGAGUGCUGCCAGCGCUUUCAUUGCUUCUGAGUGCGGAACGCCUUCAAACUACGAAAAGCCGGCAAGAGAGAACGAAAGCGCCCAAGAGUCCUCUCUGCUGCAGUAUCUAUACGUGCACUCUCCAGCCGGACUAAACGGUUUCAAUGUGCUCUUACCGGGCAGUCAGACACCCCAUACCAUGGGGCCGUCUUCCAGUCAGCUGCCGUCCUUCGGGCUUCCUUGCAUGGUCUUGCCAUCGCCAGCCUUGGGCCCUUUUCCUGUUCUCUAUUCCCCCGCAAUGCCUGGACCCAUUCCCUCUGCUCCUGGUGUUCUCCCAAGUACUGGACCUGUAAGUUUCGGCCUGCCUGCCAUUGGAUCUGUAGCUCAUCUUCUCGUCAGCCCUGCGGCCAUGAUUGAUACCCCAGUGUCCACAGUCCCUUCCACAGACCCUCAGCUUCAUGGUCAGCACUCACUGACCUUGAGUCCAGUGAUGUCAAGAUCACACACCGUCGUCCACCCUGAGUCCCCUGGAUACACGGGACAUCCAGUGUCGGUAAAAUUAGAGCAGUCACCCAUUCCAGUGACCCCAAAGAGCAUCCAACGCAGACAUCGUGAGACAUUUUUCAAGACACCAGGUAGCCUUGGAGACCCUAUCGUCAGAAGAAGAGAAAGGAAUCAGACCCGAAACACCACCUCAGCCCAAAGGAGACUGGAGAUCCCCAGCAGUGGGCCUGACUAGCUCGCAGCCUCGGCAGGGGUGGGGGGGACAACAAAGAGAACAUCCACACGUCCUGGGUGAUGUCCUCAGUGGAAUGCUUGCCAUCCCUGUCCUGGGCUCGUAUCCUCGCUUUCUCUUUCAUCCACUGGUUCUACUAACUUUCCAACAGCAUGAAUCACCUGUUUUCCUGAAAGUAAUGAUUUUUAAUUAAGCAUUUCCUGCCAGCUAGAGUUCAGGCUCUGCUUGGUGUCACAGUGGCAGCCCUCACUAACUGGUGUGGUUUUAAGUCAGAGUGCUAGAAGGACAUCUGGACAGGCGGCUGGAGCCGUGCGGUUUUCCUGAAGGGGGCUGUCUAGCACUUAACCAGGGUAAGCAUUUGUGACAUGAAUUUGCACUUACCCUAAGUAAGGCUGUGGUGAGAGAACUUUCUUUCUACAGCUUAAACUCACUACUGCUUCCUUAGGCUUCGCCAGGAAGCCACCUUCAGUUAUGAAUCCUAUGGUAUUAUUUAUUUUGUUCCUAAAAUGGGAUUUAGUGCAAAAGUUUACAACUACAGCCUAAUACAUUUUCUUUCAGGGUAUGACGACUUGAAUGUUGAUAACUUUUAUGUAUAAUUUACCCUGCACUUAAUCUACAGCCUAUUAAUAAUGUGGAUAAAUGUAUAUACGUGACAAAUGUCAAGACCAAAAUAACUGUGAAUGACACACCUGGCUAUCAAUGAACUGUGCUGACCCUGCCUCGGGGCAGGAGAACGGAGGUGAAGUCUUAGGGCCUGGUGCUGCCUCUCCACUCACUGCAAACACUGAGGUUUGACCAUGUGCUUCAGAAACUCCUACCGUGUUCAGUUGCCCUUCACUACACGCCCUGCAUUUUCUUUCUCUGUCACUGUUCACUGUAGAGGGUCACGUAUGGAUGCUGGUUGUAAAAUGAAUCAGGAUGAUAGAGCGUAAUUAUGCAGAAAAUUGCGACCUGGAUGAGAAUUCUGGUUGGAUUCUGAAGACUCAACAGUAUAGCAAUAUGUACAGCAAAAGACAAUUCUGUUCUUUUACUCAUUUUCUUCAAGUUUGGAGGGGUCACAGAGAAAACAGAUACAUGCUUCCAUUUCUGAGAGUACUCAAACCAUAGCUGUCUGGUAUCCCAAGAAAGUGAGAUCAGGUGAGUGCAGGGGCUGACUAUGCUGGCGCGAACACAAUUCUAGAAACCAUGAAGACACGUUACUUCAGGGGGACCUUAAGGAACCAGCUAGUAUUUUGUGUUCUAGACAUAUUAAUGUUUACCUCACUUUUCAGAGUAAAUGGUUCCCUUUUUUCUUCCUUUGAUCUCUCUUUUAACCUACCAUAGAUUUAGAAUCUUAGUAUAGAACUUAUUUUAUAUUUUUGGACCCAGUAAAAUAUUAUAUGAAAAAAUAAAAAUAUUAAUUUAAGAGACUCUGGGAGUCUGAGUAAAGUAGCUUUAUAUUAACUACAGGAUACCAUUCGCCUUACUACACCCCCACAAUAUUUUUAUGAGAACUUGAGAUAGGUAGCCAGAUUCAACAAAUUUGUUACGUCAGAUUUUUGUAAACACUAAACUUCUUUAAAGCUUACAAGGUGGUGUUCUCUCCCUCUUUUUAAAAACUCUUAACUAGAGUUAAAGUAAACGUGGUUCUAACUAUUGACACUUGCAUCGUAUUAACUACCCUAAACCAUGCCGCUGGAAUCCCUGUUGGGGCAAAUAAAAACAUGCCUUCCUGGAGGUUAUAGGAUGUGCAGUGGGUAAGUCUGUGCAGGGCGUGUGAUUUGAAAUCUGUUAAUGCUGGAGAACGUGCAUAAGAUAUUGUGAAAGCCAGGUGUGGUGACAGACGCCUUUAAUCCCAGCACUCGGGAGGCAGAGGUAGGAGAGGCGCUGUGAGUUUGAGGCCACCCUGAGA